AUUCAGUGCUUGAAGCAGAUGAGGAUAUGAUUUUUAUGCAUGUGGAUGAACCAGGAGACACUGACUUUGGCAUGGUGUACACAUCGGAUGACCGUGGUGUCCUUUACUCAAAGUCACUGGAGCGUCACUUGUUUGCAGCCAGCGGAAAAAGUGACUUUACCAACAUAACCUCACUUCGUGGAGUUUAUCUUACCAACGUCCUCGAUGAAGAUGGCAGCAUUCGGUCUGUUAUAACCUACGACAGAGGAGGAGAGUGGAAUCCCUUAAACAAGCCAGCUGAUGUUAAAUGUGCAUCAGAUAACAAGAGGUGCAGCCUUCACAUACAUGGGGAGUACAGCAUAUCUAAUCAGUUGGCGCCAAUGCUUCCACUUUCUGAUCCAAGCGCUGUUGGUUUGGUAAUUGCACAUGGUGAGUUAUAGUGACAGUUAAUAAUUAAUUUAAACAAGUUUAGA